AAAACUCUUUAUAGAAAAAAUUUGAAAGGCCAUUUUGGUUGCGUUAAUGCCAUUGAGUUCUCAAAAAAUGGUGGACAGUUUAUAGCUUCAGGUGGGGAUGAUAGGAGAGUUCUUCUCUGGGAUGUUGAAAAAUCCCUCAACAAUGUAUCCAGACCCGUCGCAAUGAGAGAACAACAUCACAGUAACAUCUUCUGUCUUGAGUUUGACAAUGAAAAUAAAAAGAUCAUUUCUGGAGGAAAUGAUCAGCUUGUAAUUGCCCAUGACAUAGAGAGUGGUAGAAAUUUGGACGUGUUCUUCCACGAGGAUGCGGUGUACUGCCUGGCUGUAGACCCCAACAAUUCCAUGGUCUUUGGUAGCGCCUGCGACGAUGGACGGAUACUCAUCUACGACAUCAGACAACCUGCUAGUGAAGAUCCAUUUGUGCUGGCCACAAGUCCCGAUCCCAUGCAUUCCCUCUGCUUCAAUCCGGUCGAUCCCAGAUUCAUCGUCACUGCAAAUUCCGGGGAGGGUACUCAACUCUGGGAUAUCCGGGUGCCAAGGAAACCACUGCACAAAUAUGGAAGCCGCCACUUGCAUAGCGGCCACAGAACCAGCAUGAGUGUCUGCUUCAAUCGACUGGGCACACACCUCAUGGCCCUGAGGCGACAGAGGGGUCCAGUUGUGUUUGAUGUGGCCGACAGUCUUCCACCUGUCCAGUUCGAGGGGGAUGGAUAUAGAAAUUUCUGCACUAUGAAGAGUUGUACAUUUGCUGGCGAGAAUGAUGAGUACGUCAUCUCUGGGUCUGAUGACUUCAAGUUGUACAUGUGGAAAAUACCAACAGACGAAAAAAGUAAGGGUAUUUUUGAAAAAGUGACACAGACGCACUGUACCUUGGAAGGUCAUAGGUCAAUAGUUAACCAGGUCAGGUACAACCCCCAAUCAUGCCUCAUCAUCUCUUCUGGGGUUGAGAAGAUUGUUAAGGUCUGGAGCCCGCUGCCAAUUGGCGACCUAAAGAGCGACGAAUGCAAGGCUGAAAUCCCGCGUGCCAAGUUCACGACCCUGCAGUACAUUGGCCUCGUCAUGUCGGACGGUAACCUGGACGGCGACAUAUCCAACGCGCUGCUCGUCACGCACAACUACAACGAUCGAUCGACGGAGGAAGAUUCCAGGAUGCUGGCUUUCUUCGACUCGCUGGUCGAUAGGGAGAGAACUAGCGCUCUCAUCGAAAGUGACGUGGAU